GCGCGCGGCGGGGCUGCGCCGCUACUCGGGACACCUCGGCCCGGCGGGCGGCGCCGCUACACGCAGCGUUACGGGCCAUGGCUGCCGAGAUCCACUCGCGGCCGCAGAGCCGCCGGCCCGUCCUGCUCAGCAAGGUCGAGGGGCACCAGGACGCCGUGAGCGCCGCGCUCCUCAUCCCCAAGGAGGACGGCGUCAUCACGGCCGGCGAGGACAGGACAAUCCGAGUAUGGCUGAAGAGAGACAGUGGGCAGUACUGGCCCAGCAUCUAUCACACCAUGGCAUCCCCAUGUUCUGCCAUGGCUUAUCAUCAUGACAGCAGACGGAUAUUUGUUGGCCAGGAUAAUGGAGCUAUCAUGGAGUUUCAUAUUUCUGAGGACUUUAAUAAGAUGAACUUUGUGAAGACCUAUCCAGCUCACCAGAAUCGAGUAUCUGCUAUUACUUUCUGCCUGGCAUCAGAGUGGCUUAUCAGCACAGGUCAUGACAAGUGUAUCAGCUGGAUGUGCACCAGGAGUGGAAGCAUGCUGGGGAGACAUUACUUCACCUCUUGGGCCUCAUGUCUACAAUAUGAUCAUGAAACUCAGCAUGCCUUUGUUGGUGAUUAUUCUGGACAGAUCACUCUUCUGAAGCUGGAGCAGAAUACCUGUUCAGUUAUCACAACCCUUAAAGGGCAUGAAGGGAGUAUUACUUCCCUGUGGUGGGAUCCUGUCCAGCGGCUGCUCUUCUCAGGUGCCUCUGACCACAGCAUUAUCAUGUGGGAUAUUGGUGGAAGGAAGGGGCGAACACUGCUGCUCCAGGGACAUCAUGACAAGGUGCAGGCUAUCUGCUACAUCCAGCUGACACGGCAGCUGGUGUCUUGUUCAGCUGAUGGGGGAAUUGCUGUGUGGAACAUGGAUAUCAGCCGAGAGGAGGCUCCUCAGUGGCUAGAAAGUGAUUCCUGUCAGAAGUGUGAACAACCUUUCUUCUGGAAUAUAAAGCAAAUGUGGGACACAAAGACAAUAGGGUUGAGACAGCAUCAUUGCAGAAAAUGUGGGCAAGCAGUGUGUGGCAAGUGCAGCAGCAAACGGUCGAGCUACCCGAUCAUGGGAUUUGAGUUCCAGGUCCGUGUCUGUGACUCCUGUUUCGAGUCGAUCAAGGAUGAAGACCGUACUUCCCUGGCAACUUUUCAUGAAGGCAAACACAACAUUUCACACAUGUCCAUGGACAUCUCCAGAGGGCUAAUGGUGACUUGUGGGAGCGACCGGAUUGUGAAGAUCUGGGACAUGACGCCAGUAGUUGGUUGCAGCCUUGCCACUGGAUUCUCUUCCCGCUGAUCUCCUCCAUGGCAGGUUUAUGCACCUUAUGUACAGCAAUAUGCACCGAAUGAAUGGAACCCUCCUCAAGAAUAUUACUGCAAACACUGGUUGCUUGAUUCUCCUCCUGCUGCUGUUCCAGGAUGGACAGUCACCCUUGUAGAGCACAGUUUUUCUGUUGGGCUCCCCGGGAAUCUCCGUGGUGCUGAGUGCGGUUCCGCAGCCUCUGGGACUGACAUAAACGGUUUAUCUGCAAUAUGACACCUGGGUGGAAGGACCUGUUGUCUCUCAGUUUACAUACGUAGUGUUAACAAUGUGCUAUCUCUGCUGAUAUAUCUUGUACAGAUACCUUGUAGCUCAAACAUUACCAGAUUAAAAUGAGUGUAGUAAAUUCAAUUUGUGCAAAUAGUUAAAUAACUUAUUCUCUUGUCCAAAAAGCAGUUCUGUUGAAAUGUUUUUUGAGCAGUAAGUUGCCUCCAAAAGGUAUGUUGGUUAUUCCUAUGGAAGGGGGAGAUAGCUUAAAGUGGAAGGUAGCUUCUUUCAGAUGAGAUAGUAAGAGAACCUUUGAUCACACAAGAUCUUUUAUUGGCUUUCUUGUAGUGUUUGUCUUCAAGUUCAAUUGUUAGUGAAAUCACUUUUGUGGAACAGCUGUUCUGUGUAGGUAGCUGGUGAGUCUGCAAACAAUCCUGGGCUUUUUAUGUCGUGUUUUAGCAUAGCUGAUAAACUUCUGUAGUUAUGAAAACGUGCAGCCGACCUACUCUAAAGACUGGCCACAGGUAUGAGCCAUGUACUCUGACAACUAUAAUGUUGUUAGAAUGGAAACCUUAACAAACCUGCCUUGUUACAAAGAAUGGUUAAGAAAAGAUGGCCAGCCAAAUUUUAGAGAUUUUUUUUCUGUGGAAAGGCUGAUGUUCUUUAAUGUUAGGGAACCUGUCUCUGCUAAAGUACAGCAUAAAUUUGAAUAUUGUCUUGAUGUUGCUUAAAACAGGUAAAUACUGAGCAAUAAUUACUGAGGUACAGAACAGCUGCUUUUUUCCCUGCACCUAGGAGUGUUAAUUCUGAUAUAUCUAUAUUGAUCCUUUCCUGUUUCAAAGCUGAGAAGUAUGAAGAAGAGCUGUGAGACUUUUAUGACUGUGCAGUUGGCACAUAAAGGAAAUAACUAGUGAGAGAUACUGUCAGUAAACUGGUUUGUCAGUUGAAUGAAUCUCCUACAUUUGAAUACUCUAAAUGAGAAUUUAUUUUGUAACUUUGGAAGCUAAGGUGAUGCCACAGAGUUUAAGCUUGGAGCUGUUAAGAUUUAUCUGAAAACAGAUGCAAUAUAUGUGAGGACAAAAAAGGGUAGGUCAGCUGGCCUGGAAUAGGUGGUGUUACACUAUUAUCAAAGGUAAUCUGCUCUUUCUGGCAGAAGAGUUGAGGGUUAGACUGUCUUUAUUUAGAGCAACAAUCAAGUGGUGCUAUGAGUGUUAGUGAAUUCAAGCCCUAGUGUGUAACUUGACACUAAUAAUCUGCAUUGGACCAUGCUGUAGGCUGAAAUAGUUUAAGAUCAUUAAUACAUCAUUAUUCACUUGCCUUUUAAGCCAAAAAUCUGAUAGUCUCCAAAGGGCAUUAGAAUACAGAAUAUGAUAGUUACUGUUACUUUGUCUGCUUUUCCAUGGGCCUUCUCUGGAAGUUUUGUGAAGAGUUUUUAUUUGCUGGCCUUAUUGGGCCACUGAAGAAUAAAUAAAACCAUCUUUUGUGGGGAUUCCAAAACUUGUCUUGCCUUCAGUCCAGGAUUUACCAAGAUGCUGAGGUGUGACUCCUUUGCAGUUAGCACUCCAGAACUCAGCUUUUUUAGUUCUGAUUAUUCAGUGUGCCCCUGCUCAGCACGGAGCUCCACACUCCCUUCCCUGUGAAUACUUCCUCUGCUUCUUUACAUUAUGUUUUUGCCACUAGAUAAUAUAUUCUCUACUGCCUAAGGAAUCUAUUUUCUAUAAUUGAAAUACUUAAAGAUUGUGUCAGUUCAGUUAUAAUGACAAUUUUGGCCACUAAAUCUUUAGUCUUUUAAGUAUACUCUUGGUGUUGAAUGAGUAAUGCUCACAAACCACUAAAGAGAGAGUAGUUUUGUUUAUAAACAACUAAAUUGAAGGCACUCAUUCUCUCAUCAAACUGAACAUACUUAGCUAUGUCAGCUCAAGUGUGCAAUUAUUGAGAAGCCUUGAUUUGAAGCAUUACAAAUCUUGCUUGUGUAACCUCUUCCAUUGGGGCAGGGAAGGGGAGCAAAGGGUACUAAUAUGUGCUAAUUUGUUCCUAGUUGUAUUUCUGUACCCUACAUAGUUAAGAGAAUCUAGAUAAACCUGUCCUUUGCUCCUCCUUGUCUGUUUUUUAAACUUUGAUUACAUGUACAAUAAAAUAUUUCUUGAUAUUCAC